AUGUAUCAUAAUAAGAUUACAUCCUUACCCGUCUUUUCUCAUAAUAACACAGAAAUUGUCAGCAUUGUGAAUCUUUUUGAUAUUUUAUUAUAUCUUGUUCAAGGAAAUAGUAUUGAAAAAGAAAAAUUGAAAUUAGAUGAACCAGUAGAAAAUGUGUUGGGACUUGAUACAGAUAGAGAAAGUUAUCGAAUUCAUAAAGUAGAUUGUAAAGACAAACUUAUUGAGACUUUACGUGCUUUUGCUUCUGGUAAACAUCGAGCCCUUGUUGUAAACUUUGAUGAUGAAUUAAAAAAUCCAUGGAUUUUGUCUCAAACUGACAUUAUUCGACAUAUUGUAAAGUAUCCAGAUUCUGUUUCCAAUAUACUCGACUUAAACUGUCGUGUACAAGAUUUAGAAAACUUGGUUUCUGAAAAGCAGUUAAUUACAGCCACCGACCUCGAAAGAGCUUUAGAUGUCUAUCAUCUUAUGGCUGAAGAGAAUCUUAGUGCUGUUCCUGUUAUUAAUAAAAAUAAUGAGUUUGAAGGUGAUCUUUGCGUAGAGGAUUUACCAGGUGCUAAUCUAGAACAUAUUGAACAAUUGACGCUUACAUGUAAAGAAUAUAUCAAGAUUACAUCAGAUUAUCUUACACCUUCUGUCGCUACAUCAGAUACCACUUUAAAGGAAAUUAUUGAUAUUAUGAUAAAACAAGAUACUCAUCGUGUUUGGAUAUUAGAUUCAAAAGAAUCAAGAAAAGUAACUAGUGUAAUUACUAUGUCAGAUAUUAUGGGACUUUUAUGUCUUUAUCAUAAACCCUCUCUUUUUUAA